GGAAUGACAUAAAUUUCUAAAAACACAAACACUUGGCAAUUUUGGUAAGAAAAACCAAUAUGUCUCAUAUAGCAGUAGAGAGAAACAGGAGAAGACAAAUGAAUGAACAUCUCAAGGUUUUGCGUUCCUUAACCCCUUGUUUCUACAUCAAAAGGGGGGAUCAAGCAUCAAUAAUAGCAGGAGUAAUUGAAUUCAUCAAAGAAUUACACCUAGUUCUACAAUCUCUGGAGGCGAAAAAGCGACGAAAGAGUUUAAGCCCUAGCCCUGGUCCUAGUCCAAGGCCAUUUUUGCAACUCAGUCCCACACCUGAAAGUCCAUUUAGUCAAAAUGAUCCUAAUAAUAAUAACUUAUUCAAGGAACUUGGAGCAUGUUGUAAUUCUCCAGUGGCUGAUGUUGAAGCAAAGAUAUCAGGAUCCAAUGUCAUAUUGAGAACCAUUUCUAAGAGGAUUCCAGGUCAAGUUGUGAAGAUAAUUAAUGUGUUAGAGAAACUCUCCUUUGAGAUUCUUCAUCUCAACAUCAGCAGCAUGCAGGAUACUGUUCUAUACUCCUUUGUUAUCAAGAUAGGACUGGAGUGCCAACUGAGUGUGGAAGAGCUAGCAGUGGAAGUUCAGAAAAGCUUUUCAUCUGAUGUUGUUUGUAUCAGCGAAAUUUAGAAACUAAAAAAGAGAAAAUAUCUAAUGUACACCAAUAUUAUCUUCUUAAGCUCUAGUACUAUCGUUUUAAUAUAAAGUGUAAGAAGCUAAUUUUGGAGCGUAACAAAUAAUUUCCAACAUAAGGUUUCUAUUACUUAUAUGCUAGGUAUAGGGCUUAUGGAAGUGUAACUUCUCAGAAUUAGAAAGUUCAGGAUACUAUAUAUAGAAAGACUUUGUCCUUCCACUAUCUUUUCAUAUGUAAACAGAAGAAAGUAGAUGCAUGCACGUACAAGAAUCAUGCACCUUUACUUCAAUCUGAACAACAGC